AUGGCGAACAUUUUUAAAAAGUUUCGUUUCAUUCUUAAAGAUUAUUGUCUCAACUGUAGCUUAGCUGGUUGGAGAUACAUCGCUGAUAGUCAAUACCAUAUCAGUGAACGAAUCUUUUGGUUAAUCUGUGUGAUAAUCUCAUGGAUUGGAUCAUUUGAUUUAAUUCUCAAAUACAUGAAUAGUUUUAAUAACAGUGCAGUUAGUAUGGGAGUUGUCAGUCUUCGACCGAACGAAGUUUUGAACUUUCCAUCGAUUGGUAUUUGUGAAUAUGGAAUUCAAGGUGAUAACCAUUCGACAUUUUAUAAUGUUGUUAAUGAAUAUCAUGCAAACUAUGAGAAAGAAGUUGGUCAAUCUUUAGAUUAUAACUACGAUGUCGAAGCUUUUCUAUUCCGUGUUGUUUUCCACAAUGCUUACACAUUGGGAUCAAUGACAACAUUUUGCGAGCCUUAUAAAGAUUAUGACGAUUGCGUGAAAUGUCCAACUGAAGGUUACGAGAAUUUCGCUAUGAAAAGUCGUAAGAAUUGCUCACAAAUGUUUGACACGUGCAUGUGGAAUGGAAAAAAAUUUGAUUGUUGUCAUUACUUCAAACCUUUGGCGACGUCUGUUGGAAAAUGUUUUCUACUAAAUUCGAUACAAACUGUUAAGAAAAAUGGUCCAUACUGGUUGGAUAUGAAGAUUGGAAUGUUUUUAGGACCAGGAAAUCUCACAUUAAUUCUUAAACGAGCUUCAGCACUUUACAUUUUAGCAGAAGAAGAAAUUCCUCACAUUCUUUUACAAACACUUGAAAUGCAACAAAUUCAACAAGGAUAUGACGGUGAAUUAUUUUUAUCUUAUCAAGACACAGUGAAUUAUGAAACUUUAAGAGACGUCGAUCCAAAGAAGAGGAAAUGUUUGUUUCCAGAAGAACAAUCAGGAUUAACUUAUAAAUAUUACAGUUUCAGCACAUGUGUCACUGAAUGUUUGAAGAAACAUCAAAUCGCUAUUUGCAAUUGUACUCAUUACAAUAUGAUUUACGAUAAGAAUGAUAAAAUGUCUGUUGGAGGAAUUUUGGGACUUUUCAUGGGUGCGAGUAUCAUCAGUCUUGUUGAGUUAAUUUAUUUCUUCACAAUAAGACAUUUUCGACGACAAGACAUUCCAGAAUAA